UGCAGCAUUGCCCCUUCCCUGAGCGACCCCAGAGCGCGAGGGCGAAACCUGCGCCGUGCCGACCACCCUCCCGCGUGAUGUCCGUGCCCACGCGGUCCCAGUCAUGCCCAGCCUCAGAGCUCGCCCCGAAGAGGCAGAAAUGGAGCCCUCGGUUCCUGGACCGUCCCCUUGGACCCCUUCAGCCCAGGCCUGUGUGAGUGAUGCUACCACCGCGACCCACCCUGCAUCUGCAUUCUGUGACCCACUCGACUGCAGUGACACUGAGCUGGGAACCACCCCCCCUCCCCACCAGCAGCCAGAUUGGGACACCAGGAUUGAGGGCAAGGAGUUUCUUCAGAAGGAAGAAGUUUCUGAGGAUUUAGACUCACAGGCAGAAAUAUUAGAAAACUGUAUCAGUGAUGUUUCCCUGGCACCUGAGCUCGGAGAACUCUGUGAGGACGUAUUAGAAAGAGACUGGGGAGUCCCUGGUGACACCGGACAGGUGCAGUCCCUCUGCGGAGAGGAGGACCUCACACCAGUGGCAGUGCUCCUUACCAGCCCCGUAGGGGAGAGAGAGAUGUACUGUGAUGAUUUUGAGAGUGGCUUUAGUCGGAGCCCACACCCAGCGGCAUUUCAAGGAAUCUCUGUGGAAGAGAGGCCACAUCUGUACACGUGUGGCCAAAGCUUCCAACACAGCAUGGACCUAACUAGCCACGAGAGUACCCACAAAGCUGAAAGCACCUUCAUAUGUAAUGAGUGUGGAAAAACCUUCCGAGGAAACACUGAUCUCAUUCAGCAUCAGAUCAUCCACACGGGACAGAAGUCCUUCAUAGGCAGUGAAUGCGGAAAAGCCUUCAGUCAGAAUUCAGUUCUUAAAAGUCAUGGGAGAUCUCAUGUGAGCGAGCCCUACCAGUGCAGCGAAUGUGGAAGAGCCUUCCGUGUGCACGCAAACCUCAUUAGGCAUCAGGUCACCCAUGGUGGAGAGAAGCCUUACGUUUGCAGUGACUGUGGAAAAGCCUUCAGCCAGAAUUCCAGCCUUAAGAAGCACCAGAAGUCUCACAUGAACAAGAAGCCCUAUGAAUGCAGUGAGUGUGGGAAGGCUUUUAGGCGGAGCUCAAACCUUAUCCAACACCAGAGAAUUCAUUCUGGGGAGAAGCCUUAUGUGUGCAACGAUUGUGGGAAAGCCUUUAGGCGGAGCUCCAACCUCAUCAAACACCACAGGAUUCACACAGGUGAGAAGCCUUUUGAGUGUAAAGAGUGUGGGAAGGCAUUCAGCCAGAGCUCACAUCUGAGGAAGCACCAGAGGGUUCACACUGGAGAGAGACCUUAUGAGUGUAAUGAGUGCGGCAAGCCAUUCAGCCGAGUAUCCAACCUCAUUAAGCAUCACCGGGUUCACACAGGAGAGAAGCCCUAUAAAUGUAGUGAUUGCGGGAAGGCCUUCAGUCAGAGUUCAAGCCUCAUUCAACAUCGGAGAAUUCACACUGGAGAGAAGCCUCAUGUGUGUGAUGUGUGUGGAAAAGCCUUUAGUUACAGCUCAGUGCUCAGAAAGCACCAGAUAAUCCACACGGGAGAAAAGCCCUAUGUGUGUGGUGUCUGCGGGAAGGCCUUCAGCCACAGCUCCGCCCUCAUUCAGCACCAGGGUGUGCACACGGGUGACAAGCCCUACGAGUGUCGGGAAUGUGGGAAGACCUUUGGCCGCAGCUCUAACCUUAUCCUUCACCAACGAGUUCACACUGGAGAGAAACCCUAUGAAUGUACUGAAUGUGGAAAAACCUUCAGCCAGAGCUCAACUCUCAUUCAGCAUCAGAGAAUCCAUAAUGGAUUGAAACCCCAUGAGUGCAACCAGUGUGGUAAAGCCUUCAACCGAAGCUCAAACCUCAUUCACCACCAGAAAGUUCACACUGGAGAGAAGCCAUACACAUGCAUUGAAUGUGGUAAGGGCUUCAGCCAGAGCUCACAUCUCAUUCAACAUCAGAUCAUCCACACCGGAGAGAGGCCCUACAAGUGCAUCGAGUGUGGGAAAUCCUUCAGUCAGCGCUCGGUCCUUAUCCAGCACCAGAGGAUUCACACUGGAGUGAAGCCCUACGACUGCACUGCCUGUGGGAAGGCCUUCAGCCAGCGCUCAAAGCUGCUCAAGCACCAGCUGACCCACACCAGGGAGUGAAGCCACCUUGACUUGCCGUGAGGCUCACUCCCUGCCCUCCACCCACAAUCUGUUCACAAAGGCUGCGACCCUCCAGGGGGGUGUUUUUCACACGCUUUCUCCCGCCCCCCCUCCUGCCAUUGCAGCCACCUGAGGUGACCUUUGGGUUCUUUUUCGUUUUGUCUUUACAUGUCAUGAGCCAUGUUUGUUGGGAGGGAAAAGAUGAUAGAGGCUGCAUAUUUAUGAAGAAUUUAUUACUGUAAUCAAAUAUAACCAAAAAAGUAGGCAUUUGCUUCAAGGUAAUUCUUUUGUUUAGUAAUUGGUCACAAGGAGGGAGUCCUUUGUCAGUGGCUGUAAUCCAUAUUCUGUUUACAUUAAAUCAGGU